GCGUGGUUUUGAAACGACAACUAUCCCGCUGGCGCCAAUCCAAAUUAGUUUCGAUAAAACAAUUUCUUCAACAAAAACACACGCUAUCCCCCCCACCCCCUCUCUCUGAGCCUAAUCUGUGGAAAUACUCGUAAAAAUAUUGCUUGUUUGAUUGAUUGUAAAUGGAGAGGUCUAGCAGAUCUAAAUCACUGUUUCGAGACAUGAGGUCAAGAGAGCUGGGUGGUUUUAGAAAACGGCGCUUUAUUACCCAAAUGGGAUCCGAUUUCACUGAAAUGGGAUCGGUGACGGUCGAACAUAACGGCGAGGAAACGCCACCACUGUCUGUCUCUUUUUGCAAGACAAGUAAAUAUUCACAUAUUUUGGCGGUGUCGGACGAGGAUGGCUGUGUGAGCAUGUUUGAUACUCGUACCGAAUUCCCUUCUGAGAAAGCAAGAAUCAGUGACUGGGUAGCUCACCAGAACGCUAUCUUUGAUGUUUGUUGGAUUAAGGAAGAUACCAACAUACUCACAGCUUCAGGCGAUCAAACUAUAAAGGUAUGGGAUGCACAAGAGAAGAAAUGUACUGGAAUAUUGAUGGGGCACACAGGAAGUGUUAAAUCCCUGUCUCCACAUCCAACAAAUUCUGAUCUUCUUAUCUCGGCUUCCAGAGACGGGUCAUUUGCUAUCUGGGAUUUGAGAUGCAAGACAACUUCCAAAACUAGAUGCAGUGAAGCACAUGUCGCUCCAGCUGCCAUGGUCCAAGGAGCUCAUCUUUCUUCUCGAGCAAAGCGGGUCAGGCGUGGCAAGGCUGCUUCGAUGAGCAUUACAUCAGUUCUUUAUCUUAAAGACGAGGUAUCCAUUGCCACUGCUGGAGCAGCAGACAGCAUUGUUAAAUUCUGGGAUACUAGAAAUCUAAAGGUUCAGGUCACUCAGGCAUCCCCUAAUAUCAAGUCAUCAACUGAGAAGGAAAGAAGAUUACAUGGCAUAUCUAGUCUGUCCCAGGAUUUAAAUGGCGUGUUUCUUACAGCUACAUGCAUGGACAAUAGAAUAUAUUUGUAUAAUGUACUUCAGCUUGAUAAGGGUCCGAUGCGGUCAUUUUCUGGAUGUCGGAUAGAAUCAUUCUAUGUAAAGUCAACAAUCAGUCCUGACGCAGCUCACAUACUCAGUGGCUCUAGUGAUGGAAACGCCUACAUAUGGCAGGUGAACAAGCCCGAUGUGGAUCCCAUCACAUUGAAAACUCAUGAUGGAGAGGUUACAGCAGUAGAUUGGUGUCCAUCUGAGGUUGGGAAGAUAGCAACUUCUUCAGAUGAUUUUACAGUUCGCAUCUGGAACAUUAAUAGCAGUUAUUGUUCAAGCACAACAAGAUCUCCAUCUGCCAUUCGAAGGAGGGUAAUGGCAAUCCCAAGAGAGGAAUGUAGAGAACUUUUGAUGAAUGAUGAACGAAUUGAUCCAACAAAGGUUCCUGACAAUCUGCUUCCUUCAGAUGAAGUGUUCAACCAAAAUAACCCACCUGUUCCUAUAACAAUGCCCACAAUUAGUACCCCUGAAGCCCAUAAGAAAAAGUUUUCACUAGAUUCUGAUUCUAAAGAAACUUUUGAGAAAACCCCUGAAGCAGCGAUGAAGAGCCCCUCUUCUGUAUUGAACCCUCCUUCUUCAUUAAAAAGAACCAUCAGAGAUUACUUUCUAGCAGCUUAAUUUUCCAGGAAAGAGUAAAAUAUUUCCUACAUGUUAAUUAUUCCUUGUGGAUGGUGCAUCAGUUCUUUCCACAUUUAUGGGAUGAAUUUGAAACGUAAAGCAAGAAAAAGGAGGAUGGAUUGGGUAACAUCUGCCAUCAAUUUAAUCUGACCUUAGGUUUUUCUUUUUUCAAGUGUAGAUCUUAGAUUGCUUGUAGGAUAAACUUCAAAUACGUUUAUAUAAAUGUAGCUUACACUGAUUUUCUCUAGCAUGUCUAGUGAUGCAACUCUUUGACAAACAGAGUAGACCCUGUUAAAAGCUAUCAGGGAUGGAAUAUACACUGCAUUCAACUGCUUGUACCCA